AUGUCUAAUACCGACGAGAUAUAUCCUGGCCGAACAGGCAAGCAUGGGACUGAUCCCAGCCUUUGGUCAUACGUUGAUUUUUUGAAACUAAAUCGUACCCUUAUCAUAAAUUCACCACCUUUCAAAGAUCAAUGGAAUACUCUCGAUGGUACAUGGAAUAAGCGAUUUAUACAAGCAGGAAAAGAGCUAUUAGACUUAACGUUAGGGGAAGCUUUUGAAAGUAAGGUGAACCUGGAGCGUGCCAAAUCCAACCUGUACUCCUUUUGGCAAGAAGUGAUCACUGAGCGACUACGGCUCCAAGUUCAAAUCACUUACGAGAAGGAAACACUUCUUACGUUUGAUGAAUCAGGUAAAUUCUUUGGAAGGCAACUGCGCUUACCAUACAAUAAGGAGGCAACCUCUUCAGAUGAUAAACGUGUUUUUGAUAGCACUUUAGAUUCAGAUUUAAUUUCCCCUGUGGGGGCAAAGAAGAUCAAAUCCUGUAAAGGAGAUGUGAAUGUCGAGAAAGCUAACGGCGACAGCGCUAUAAAAAUGACUUCAACUGCGUAUCAACAAUUUACGAAUAAAUAUCAAAAAAUUCCAAAAGAAGAUAAAUGGACUUUGUCAACCGAAAAAAUUGUUGAAGAUGCAUUAUACGUGUUUGGAAUGAAAUGCUCACACGAACAUCUCUGUCAUUCUUUUUUAAUCGACCCGGACGAUAAGAACUAUAUACAGCAAGGCAUUUUCACACGUGAGGAAUUAGAAGAAAUUAAAAAUUUUAGCAAGAAAGAAUUACCAUUAGUACCGGAUGAUCUUUUGAAGUAUCUUAAUAGUUUCCGAAAGUCCAAUACUUCUGACCUGCGAGAAUUGAUCUUUCGCUCUGAUUUACGCGAUCAACCAUUCGAUCGAUCAAAAAAUUUCGAUUAUGACUGGAUACGCAAUACUAUAUAUAAUCUCGUGCUUGAAUAUGAAGCGAAUCAUCUCGAAAAGGAUCACCUUGAAACAUGGAUCAUGCUACAUGUGUGGUCGUUUAUUGAUAAAGCCUUCUUAGAUAUAGAGGGUAUGGAAAUUGUUAGAGGUGAAUCAUGUAGCUAUGCAUCAUCAAAUAGAAAAAAUUCACAACGGGUGGUUGCAUCAACAGAACCGAUGAAAAGAAAGGCAAUGGGUCGGCGCGGAGAUUUAAUAAUCCGGAAAUGGCAUACUGAAUAUGGGUGUAGCGAAGCUGGAAAAAUAUUUGAAGGAAUCAAUGGUACAAAGAUUAUUAAAGAAGGUGGUUUGAAAAUGCCCAAAAUGCUUAGAGAUAUGUUCAUUGAUCUUUGCAAAACUAUGGAAAUGCGGAAGAAUAAAAUUAGAAGGCUGGAAACAGUCGGUUUUAUCAUCUCGGGCUUGAGGAUAUCACUGUUGCGAUUGGAUUUACCAGCGGGGCAUGUCUGUAGAUUGUCACGGACACGGCUUUUUGAGAUGCCAACUCAAAUCUCUGAAUUCGGUGCAAAGGCCCUUCCAACAAUAAGCUUGGUAUGGAAAGCAAAGCUUAAGAUGUUACAGAACUGUGAUGAAAGUGGUUUUACGACACCACCACCUAGAUUACAAUUAAUGUCAAGCUCUGUGACGCCAGAAAGUAAACGAAUGAAUAAGAAUGAUGAAGAGUGA